ACAUAUGCGCGUCUCUGAACGCUUCGCAGAUGCUGCUUGAACUGGGGAAUAAAGGCUGGUGGCUCGUGGGUGGCUUUUCACCCAAACACAAUCGUUUUUUUCCUCCUUCCAGUGUGACUCGCUUUUUAUUUAGUGACACCGAACUAUGAAAAAUAUGACUUUCCGACGACGUGUAAAGAAGCUGAACUCAAACGAACCGGACAGCGGAUCCUUGUGUCAUGACAGUGGAGAUAUCUACUUUCCGUCUUCCAAAUCGGACAGCUGUGGGACAGUGGAUCGUGGACCCUCAAAGUCUGAGGUUUACAAUUAUAAAACCCUCGCUUACUCUGGAGGGACCUUACCGAGGAACUUCAAGAAGCAGAACGUAGGGCUGCAGAAAUGGAAGCCCCUCACUCAGUCACCAGAAUUGCAAAGGAAAACCGUGAUUCUGGAAAAAAAGGAGGAAGAGGCUUUUGGCUUUGAGAUCCAGACAUACGGGCUGCAUCACGAGAGUGAGAACUCAGUGGAGAUGUGCACCUUUGUUUGCAAAGUCCACGAAGACAGUCCUGCCCAGCUCGCAGGCCUAAAAGUUGGGGACACAAUUUCCAGUGUAAACGACACUCCAGUGGAAGGGUUUUGCCAUAAAGAAUUCGUUGAACUCAUUAAAUCAUCAGGGAACAAUAUUAGGUUAGAAACAGUGUAUAAUGACUCUAUAAGAAAAGCGGAAUUGGAAGCCCGACUCCAGUAUCUAAAGCAAACCCUUCAUGAGAAAUGGGAUGAAUACAGAUCUCUAAUGGUGCAAGAGCAGAGACUUGUACAUGGCAUUGUCAUGAGUGACGUGGCAGUGUACGAGUGUCUGGAAUCCGCCGGUGUGUAUGGCAGUCUGGGAGCUCCGAGUCCUGCGGCCCUGCGUGCAUUAUGCGGCACAGGCAGCACAAGCAGCAGCAUCAGCCAUCUGAGUGCCACCACGACUGAAGACGACCCGCUCUACCAGACCUGCAUCUUCCAGGGUGACCGCAUCAACAACGGCAGCAACAGUGCCAGCAAUGAUGAUCUAGAAGCAAAUCAAGAGAAGAGUCAAGGUGGUCGUCAACGGCUCAUCCGUCCCACCAGUGAGCUUUUUGCUUUAGCUAAGACCACGCUGACUCGUAGUGCCAGUACACGCAGCUAUCUGAGGGGCCCCGCGACAUCGUCAUCUUCAGUGUCGAACGGAGAGAGGCAGCAGUGCGAAGGGUUUAGCACACUGCAAAGUAAACCCAAACAAAUGAGCUUUAGACGAAAACUGUUGAAGUACAUUCCUGGACUAAACCGACCCCUGGAGGAAGAGGAAAGCAAGCUCUGAAAGAAGUGAGAUUCAGAGACUCAUUUAGCCAAUGACUAGAAAUGUUUAACACGGGUGAAAUGCAUCCAAAAACCAUACAAAUUUAAGACCAAAAUUGGAGGCCUAGAUAAACCAAAGAAUCCAGUGACAUCAAAGUGAUACUCUGCAAAAGAUAAAUCAGGCUUUAAGUCAAUAAUAGUGUUUUUCUGGGUUUGUUUUUGUAAAAGUAUCCAGUGACAUUAAAGUAAUAUUAAGCAAAAGAUGAAUCGGGUUUAAAGUCAGUAAUGUAGUGUUUGUAUUUUUAUUUUAGUUUUUCCCAUUCAAUCCAGAUUAGAUCAUGUCCAACUUGGAAUCAGUGUUCAUUUGCAGGAGUGUUCAAUUCUAGAAAUGCUAAAAAAAAAAAAAACCGAAACUUAAUUUAGGAGACUUGGAGAAAUGUUUAAAAAGUGUCUAUGGCUUUGAAGUUUUCUUGUGUCAUUCAGUUCUAAUGUUCAGUUUGUUUGGAAUUUUAAGUGUGCCAUAAGUCCUUGCUUUUGAAAUCCAAAACACAAAAUAUGUCCUGAAAUAUUUGGUAUAAUAUUAUUUUAUAUUAUGAAAUAUUAUGUAUACGCUUCAGGUCUGUCUAAAAUAAUGAGAUUUUGUUUGUUGCUGGAAUAUUGUUUAAAAUACUAUAAAUAAUAUAACAGUUAUCUAGACCAACAAAUUGUCUUUAAUGACACUGGGGACAAAAAAAACAACAACCAAUGUGUCUUAAUAUCUCUGCUCAUUCCAGAAACUUUUGUUAACAUUGUCUAACAAAUUUAUUUACUGGUGCAUAGUUUAAGUAAAUGUGUGUAAAUGUGUUUAGUCAUGUUUAAGUUAUUUAUUUAAUUAGUUUGUUUUUGUGAAGUCAUUUUUAUUUUUUUAUUAUUUGUUAAGAUGUACAAAAUGAAGGAUUUUUUUAUUUGAUCAUUUAUAUGUGAAAUUAGUAAAUACUUGGUCCUGAAGGAUAUUUAAUGAGUGCCUAUUUGGCAUGUCUGCAUAAGUUACUUUUCUAUUUUUGGAAAUAUAGACUGAAAAUAAAAGGAUGUUAUUUGUUUUUCCUCAUUUGUUUUUUUUUUGUUUUUUUUGUUCUUUGUUGAAUUUAUACUGCUGCAGUUCAGGUUGCCUGUACAGAAGGGCACUUAACACCAAAUCCACUGACACUGAAGCAGAAGUGCUCUUAUUGUGCAACUAAGUCUUUGAUUUCUUUCCAAAAUAUUUUUCUUUGCCCUUACAAUACAGACAGCUCAAAGAAAAGGCUACACCCUGAUGU